CCAGUCAUUGAUUUCCAACUCAGAGCAGGAAGUGAGCAUUAGCACAGUUUUUGAAAGGUAGCUUGUGUGGGAAAUAGCCUUAAGAAUGAAGGUUGAUAUUCAUAAUCAUAUUUUACCAAAGGAAUGGCCCGACUUGAAGCAGAGAUACGGUUACGAUGGGUUUGUUCAGCUGCAGCAUCACUGCAAGGUGAGUCACUCAUUUUUAUGUGCAGACAGAAAAAACAAGGGCACAGAGACAAGGCUCAAAUGCUUACUUUGCUGAGAACGAAGCAGGAUCAUACUGGCAGCGCCCCACCAUAGCCACCCCUCAUGCUGGCCAGAACACAGCAUGAUGCCACUGCAUCACUGAAUGAUUCACUUUGAGCACAACAGAAAACACUGAAAGCUGCUGUACAAACUGGAAGGUAAACUUUAUUCACCAGAAAAUCACUGUUUAUUUGUAAUUGUUUAAAAUAGCAAAAAUGACAAAGUGAUGCACGUUUGUUUUUGUGUUUAAAGAUGUAGGAUUCUAGAGAUUUUUGGGUGCAGAUUCACCUCGAGAACGAGCGUUUCAAGAAUGAGCUCACUGCUGCCAUCGUGUGGUCAUACUUAAAACGACGUUGAAUCCUCAACCUCUAUGCAGAAACAUAAAACUCUGCACUUCAUGUUAUACUCCACCUUAAAUUAACACAGCAAAUUGUAGGUGAUGUUAAUGCUGCGUUUCAGGGUGAAGCAAACAUGAUGAAGGAUGGAAAGUUGUUCCGGGUGAUUCAGGAAAACUGCUGGGAUGCGAAAGCUCGCAUCAAAGACAUGGACAAGUGUUACCGUUCAGGCCCUGUCGACGGUUCCUGUGAUGUUCAGUUAUUGGGCCAAACCUCAUGACACAUUGGACCUCUGUGUCCUUUUAAACGACGAUUUGGCCCAGACAGUGCACAGUCACCCAAAGAGGUUUGUGGGGCUAGGCACGCUCCCCAUGCAAGCCCCUGACCUGGCAGUGCUGGAAAUGAGGCGCUGUGUGAAGGAACUCGGCUUCCCUGGAGUGCAGAUCGGAUCCCACAUUAACAACUGGGACCUUAACUCUUCGGACCUCAUCCCCUUCUAUGCCGCAGCAGAGGAGCUGGGCUGCUCCAUUUUUGUCCACCCAUGGGACAUGCAGACAGAUGGGCGGAUGGCUAAGUAUUGGCUACCCUGGCUAGUGGGUAUGCCAACCGAGACAACCAUGGCUAUUUGCUCAAUGAUAUUUGGAGGUAUCUUUGAGAAGUUUCCAAAGCUGAAAGUCUGCUUUGCACAUGGAGGGGGCUCUUUUCCGUUCACUGUUGGCCGAAUCGAACACGGCCACAAAGUUCGUCCUGACCUGUGUGCAGUUGACAACACAAUCAGUCCGCGUAAAUACCUGGGCUCUUUCUACACUGACUCAUUGGUUCAUGAUCCAAUCUCCCUGAAGUUGCUUGUUGAUGUUAUUGGAAAAGAUAAAGUAAUGCUGGGAACAGAUUAUCCAUUCCCACUUGGCGAGCUGGAACCCGGGUCACUCAUUGAGUCAAUGAAUGAGUUUGAUGGAAAACUGAAGGACAGCUUGCUUGCUGGAAAUGCACUCGAAUUUUUGGGACUAAAACGAGAACAGUUUGAGUAGAGCAAGAGUUUGCAGACUGUGGUUCCAAAGCCAGCUGACAAGACUGACUAAAAAUGCUGAAUCGACUAAUGUUUUUAACUAUAGAAAUAAUAACAUGUGCAAGUUUGAUCAGUUUUCAAAAGUUUUUAAAAAGUUAAACUUUUUUUUGAAGUCUUAAACUAUUUGUCAUAGCCAGUGUGGUUCUGCAAAAAUAAACUUAUUUUGGGCAAGA